AUGCCCGGCCGGGGGAGGAGCCGGCGGGCUGCGGAGAGCGGGGCUGGGAGCGCCGGCCCGGCUGCUUUCGCUUUCGGCUCGCAGGAAAUGGCUGAGAGCGGCGACGGGGCGCGCUGCACCCCGGCGGGGGGACGGGAGGGCGCAGCGGAGUCUCCCGGCGCCGGGGCGAGCUCCGAGCCCGGGCAGCGCGCAGGGGCCGAGCCUGGGAGUUGCCGGGCGGGCCGCCGGGGGCCGGAGCUGGCGCAGGGGAGAAGCGCUGAUCCGAGCCCCGCCGAGUGGAGGGGACCCGCCCUAGUGGCCUGGUUACUCUCCUUAAUUGCGAAGGGCCCCGAGGUGUCCAGCGGCAGGGACCGGCCGGCCGGGGAGCCGGACACCCCGAGGCCUCAGCUCAACGCUAACAGUGCCCAGAGUGCAGCUGGAACGGCACACGAGCUCCGGAAGACAGCGGAGAGGCUGCAGACUCAGCUGGAGGCUCUGAAAGGCUCCUCAGACUCCGAGACACUGGAAUUCCUGCAGGCACUAGAAGCGCCCGUUAGAAUCGCCAGCCGCGUGCUCACUGAGAACCAGAGGCUACGGCGGGAGUUGGAGGAGUUGAAGGGCAGGUUGGCAGCCCCACCACCCCUGGAACCAGCCAGCCAGCCUCCAGCUCACUGGGCAUCAUCCCCCUGGACCUCCCAGACAUCGCCCCCAUGGGCCACCCGGAGCACAGCCUUGCCCCUGCAGGUCCGUGUGAGCGGGAAGACGGCUGGCUGCGAGAGGCAGUUCUUGGACCAGGUGGCCCAGCUCCUCAUGGCCCAGGGCAUCUCCCUGCAGGCCGGGGCAUACGAGCCACACUCCAGCCACCUGCUGCUGCUCUUCUGCCCGAUCUCGUCCCGCUCAGGCACAGACAUCAGCAACGCCCUGGAGGGGAUCCCCGCGGCGAGGAAGAUGAUCCUGGUGGUGCUGCAUCACCAGCCCAACGAGCAGGCCGAGCUCUACGCCAGCAGCAGGCGGGAGGCCCAGCACCCGGGGCUCCUGCACACCGUGGACAGCUGCUUCUCCACCCGUUCUGGCUUCUACCCGUGCCAGGCCAACACCGCUGCCGUGGCCUCCGUGUCUGCUGCCCUCCAGCAACUGGCCCUGGCCGGCCACUAGGGGGCACCCCCUGCAGCAGGAUCUGUGAGCUGGGACGUGGCGUGUCCAUGGGGCUGUGUUAUGCCCUGCUGACUGUACUGUCUUGACCAGUCCUAGCUGGGACUGCCUGGGGGGCCAGUCCUGUAGCAUGUUGGACUGUUACUGUGGGAAUGAUCUUCUCUGGGCUGGAGCUGUUCCUACCAACCUCUGGUCCCUCCCCUCCCGUCCCCCAUCACACUUAGGGCAACGCUGUGCAGCUGCAUUAGUUCCUGCCACGUUAUACAGCUACCCCCCUUCCCUGUGCUAUGGGCCUUGUGCCUGGGUGUAUCUCCCCACUGCCCCCAGCCUGCCCGUGAACACUGAUCAGUCCCCACAGGGAUCUCGUGCGAGCAGCAUGGUGAGACAAGCUCUGGCUCCCUUGAAUUCUGUUACAGCUGCUUCCCCUCCCUGUGGCGGGGGCCUGGUGAGCAUGGAAGUGCUUUGGGCUGGACCUGGGGGGGGUAGGGCAGCCAUCGUGCUGGGCACCCAUCACUCCUCAUGCAGUCAGGGCUGCAGCCGGAGACCAAGGGAGGCUCUGUGGCCUGGCGAACAAGCGUUAUGCUCUGGUGAAGGUGCUGUCUUGGCCUGUUCUUGGCAAUGGGCCGCUCCCCAGCCACGGGCCCCUCAUCUUUCAGACUCCAACCUGAGCUAGCUGCCUGGACCCCAGCAGGCUGGGGGUGAGGGUGGUGUAUGGCCAGAUCAGUUGCAGGUUGGGGGGGGAGGGGGGUUGGAUAGUUCUUUGAUUUUCCCCUGGGGGGUUGACAACCCCUGGCUGGAGCCAGCCCCAGAGGGUGUUCAGGUGGCUAAGGGGGGGGAUUUUAGAGAGCUAUCCUAGCCAGCACUCCACCCACCCCCAGCAGGGCUGCUCAGUGCUCAUGAAUAUGCUACUUCAAGGCUUCUCUGCCACAGGGGGGCUCCUAACUUGGCCCUAGAGGGCCCACAUCUGAUGCUGCUGCCUGUGGUUGGAGGAGCUCUGGCACUGCAGGCUUGUGCUUUUCAAAUGCACUGGCCCCAUGCUGGGUUCCUGUCUGCCAGCCACCUCCAGGGAGUGCUGCAUGUGGAAGAUGUGAUAGAUCUGGGCAGAAAGCAUGGCCCAUAUGUUGGAAUAUGGACCACACUGAUAUGGACCAGGGGGUUGGAAUGCCCUCUAGAGCCCACCUCACCUGCAGCCUCCUUCAGCCACUACAGAAUCAUCGUGUUUCCCUCACCCACCUGCUCCUUGUGCCUUUUUGGUCACCGAGGCCAAGCCAAUAAACCACACCAAGCCAGGCAGG